AUGACCCAGACCCUCAAUAAAAGGGAAGAGCCUCUAAACCCGGGCGGCGGCUGGGCAUCCCCCGCUCCGUUUCGCACUUGGUCCUCCUGCCACCGCGGGCGCAGGGGCGCCCCGGUGUACAAGCGGCGGCAACACCACGGCCCCGGAGCCGAGUACGAGCCGCAGCGGAAACAGCCGAAGCCGCCACGGUACGGCCCGGGCCCCUGGUUCCAGCCACCCCGAAGUCCUUACUGGGCCAUGUACUCUAACUGGGGGUGCUGGGGAGGGCCCUGGUGCCCACCUCCCAUGGGGUACCGGAAGCCCCCCGGGCCGGUGCAGGUGACCCGCAUGUACGGCCUGCACCCCGUCUGCCUGUGCUGCUGCUUCUGCUGGCGCGGGCCCUGCAGCCCCGGCUGGGCGAGGCCCCCCGGCCGGAAGAACAUGCAGGCGCCGCGCAACACCACCCAGUUCAUCAUGAACCAGAUCUACGAGGACAUGCGGCAGCAGGAGGCGCUGGAGCGCCAGCGGGCCCCGGCCGGCGGCGAGGACGACGAGGACGACGCGGAGCUGCCGGACGCCCUGUGCGGCUUCGGGCAGAACCCCUGCCUGGCCUUCAGCCCUGCCCCCGGGGAGGAGAACCAGCGCCGGGCCUCGCAGCUGGCGGGGGAAGAGGAGGAGGAGAAGUACGACGAGGACUGCGACGGGAAGGAGGACGGAGAGAGCGCCGAGAGCGAGGAGGACGCGGCGACCCCCGACGACGAGGAGGCGGAAGAGGCUGAGGACGCGGAGGCGGAAGCGGAAGAGGCUGAGGACGCGGAGGCGGAAGAGGCUGACUACGCAGAGGGCGAGCAGGAAGAGGGGCUGGAGGAGGAAGAGCGGAGGGCGGCGGCGAACCACUUGCCCCUGGACAUGCCGCUGUCGUUCCUGGCGGCCGAGGAGGAGCGGGAGAACUUCAUAGACUGCGCCUUUCUGCGCCCGGAACAGCUCAUCGCCAAGGUGCCCCAGGAAGCCCUCCUCGUGUUGCGGGACACCGACUGCUAG